AUAUAUAUAUAUUAUGUAUAUAUAUAAAAGUUAAUUCAGUGAGUCAAGAUCUACAAGUGAUGACAACUGCCUAGUUAUGAGAUUUAUUACCGAUGACUUAUAAGUGCAUUUGACACCUACAACUCAUCAGCAAUGGAGAAUCUAAUUGCAAUGGAGUUAUUAGAUAUGAAUCCUAACUCGCUUUCCUUAAAUGGUAAGGAAAGCGAAGAUUUGGAGUUUAAAAAAUGCGUUAUCAUCGGAGAGCUUAUUGAAACGGAAGAAGAAUUCUCCAGAGACUUGCAAUAUGUAGUCGAGAAGUACAUCAAGGCCAUUGACAAACCAACCGUCCCAAGAUCGGUCAAGGACAAUAAAGACGUCAUUUUUUGCAAUUUCUUGCAAAUCGCCGAAUUUCACAACACGGUGCUAAAGGAAGGCCUAAAAUGCUACAGCCACCAGCCGAAUAUGGUUGCUAAAACUUUUUUGCGACUUGAACGCGAUUUUGAUAAGCAUGUGAAGUACUGUCAAAACGAACCUUUAGCCCAAGAGUUCCUCUCGACCAAUGCUGACUGCCAGAACUAUUUUCAAGGACUUUCUUCGAAUCUAGGAGACGAUAAAUUGCUGUCUGAGCACCUAAAGCUACCACUUCAGCGAAUAAACGAUUACAAACUUCUAUUCAAGGAUCUAAUACAAUUAUCGCAAUGCUUGAAAGAGAAUGUUAGGGACUUAGAGCGGGCCUUAGAGCUUAUGCUUAGCGUGCCUAGUAGAGCAUAUGAUAAUCGAUUUCUGUCAAAUAUUGAAGGCUAUCGAGGUAACGUUUACAAGUUGGGCCGUCUACUGCUGCACGAGUGGUGUACAGUUAUUGAUAAGGAGGGAAAGACCCAUGAUCGUUAUUGCUUUCUAUUUAAAUCGAGACUUCUGGUCACAAAAGUUCGCAAAAUAACUGAUAAGAAAUCCGUUUUCAUAUUGCAAAAUAUCAUCAAACUUCCACUUUGUAAUGUUGAGCAUCGAGCAGAUGAGAAACAAAUUUAUAUCUCAUCAAAAACCACAGAUGAUAAUUUGCCCAUAUUGAUUAAGCCUCACAAUGAGGAAAGUCAUUUGAUUUGGUAUAACGAAAUUCGCUCAUACAUCAAUCACGAAGUCGCACUGCAAGAGCACAAUGCAGAUGAUCUGAAAGUCGAUUCGACAAAUAUCAAUACCGAAUGUGAAUUAAUUCUUCGGCUUCCGCAAAAAAUCGAAGCUCACGAUCCAAACGCAGGUACUCGUCCUUCUGACGUGGCCGAAAACUACUUUUUAAGCAAAGAAACAAAAGAACGAUUGCAGUUAGAACAGCAAGAACUGCUUAAAUUUGAAAAGGAAUCCAUUGAACUCUACAAACUUCAACAGAGUCAACAGGGCCCCAAUCAGCCGAAAAGCACGGUUAAAUCUGUACCUGAUCAACCCGCUCCCAAGCCACAGCAUAAGCAAAUUGAACCAGUUAAGGCAGUAGCGAUUGAAAGGAAAGACAUCGUCGAUACUGAACCUCCUAAAGGUCUAAGCGAACCCUCAAAGCCUGCAGUCAAUAUAGAGUCAACUAAGCAAUCCAACAAAGAACAAUCUAUUCAAUCUUCUAGCAUAGAAAUCUCUGUUGCGUCGAAAGAAAUUACAAAGCAAGAAACAAUUGAAUCAUCUAGUAUAGAAGUAGUCACAGUAAAAGAAUCAACAAAGCAAGAAUUAAUAAGUGCAGCUCCAAAAGAAUCAAAUAAGGAAGUACCAAUCAGUGCAGUGUCGCAAGAAUCAAAGAAAGAAGUAUCCAUCGAGUCCUCAAAACAAGCAAUUUCUGUAGAAGUAGAAGCAGCCAAAAAAAUUAUAAAGCAAGAAACAGAUCAAGUUGAAAUAAAACAAGAUAAUGUCAGAGAAACUGAGGAGCUGAAGAAAAUUGCCACAGAAGAUAUACAGAAAACUGUUGAGGGUAAGGACACCGAAGAGCCCCAGCCCAGUUCAAUUCCAACAAUUCGAAUUAGUGAUCCAAUAGACGAACCCCAAAAUUGCCUUAUACCCACCAUAACUACCACUAAGCACAAGCAUAAGCAUAAGCCAAUUGAAUUGAAACAUAUUGUUGGCUAUAACGAAUCGCAGCAACAAGAUAGCGAUAGCGUAAAUCAAAACUCCCAGGGCCGACAGGGAUUCUCUAACUAUACUAACAUCACCGACGCGGCUUCAUUAACUCGGUGGAACAAUGAGCUGGCCAAUAUCGCAUACAGAAGCGGUCAAGGCGAUCGUGGAGAUCGUCCAGCUCAGGGUCCGCCACCACCGCCCAUCCCACCACAUUUUAUUCGAAUGCCUGGCUUCUUUCAACCGCUUCCGCUUAUUGCGUAUGAAACGAGCAUCGAGAUUCUACUAAUUAAAGCACGCCCACCAUCACCUCCACCGCGACCACCGCCAACCAUCAAGCGUGUCCAUGUCUAUACCGAAAGCCUCGAGCAAAAGACCCAGAACUUUCUUGAAGGCAUCUAUGAGGAAUCGAGCGCCGAUACAUCGUUGCGCAAUGCUAAGCAAAAAAUGCGUAGCAUUAAGAAUACAGUAUUAAAAUCUGCUGACUCCACGAAUUACGCACAAGACACGGUAAAAAAAGCGAAAGCUCGCGAUUUUAUUCAUAUCUUUACACCGCCCAUUAAAAAGAAACGACCAAUCUAUGAGAUUGUCGAAGAGCCUGUAAAUAUUCUAUGCGAACUCGAUGGCGAAUAUCCUAUUGAGUCUAUUGCUGACGAUUUCAGAGAGUCAAGUGCCGAUAUCGAGACACAACGCGGCCAAAGCGUUGGCGCUAUGGAUGAUAACUAUUCUGGGUACUCCCUGGCUUCCAGACGUCGUCUCGAAAAGACCACGAGGACCAGGGAUUACGAUAGAGGAACAUCGUAUGACAGCACUGUUGAGAGCAAACAGUAUGGUAUAAGUUCGCGACGUGAGAGAACUACUUUGGAUCGCAUUGAGGCGCAUUCGUCGACCCUUCUAGGCGGCAGUCGCAACGAGAGUCGUGCUGAAAGUCGUGCCGAGAGUCGAACCUCUUAUUCGCGUGCCGAAUCGCGUGCUAGCAGGCGUGGUACAUCCUAUCUAGCGGACGACGCUCCGCCGCGCUCUAUCGAAAAGCCUGUGGUCGCAAAGAUGCUGAAAAGUGUGCAAGUGGAAAGCGGCGAGUCUGCGCAUUUCGAGAUUCAGUUCAAGGAACAACCUGGCUCAGUUACCUGGCUGAAGGAUAACAAGCCUUUGGAUGAUCGUCUAGCGGAUCGCAUUAUACAAACUAGUGCGCCGAUGAACUCGUAUCGCUUAGACAUCAAGAACUGCAGCGAAAAUGACGCUGGAACUUAUACUGUUCGUGCCCAGACGGCAUCUGAAACAACGACUGUUACUGCACAGCUUGCAGUUGGCCAAGUAUCUGGCCAUGACGAGACUAAAACCAAUGUAGCACCAGCAUUUCUUGUUAGCUUAAGAGAUGCGGAAAUGAUUGAAAAUACGCUGUUUCGCUUUAUGAUUAAGAUCUUGGGCGAUCCCAAGCCAAGAGUGAAAUUCUACAAGGAUAAUGUAGAAAUACUGGAAGUCAAUGAUCGAAUUCAGAUCAUUAGGGAUAAGGAUUAUUUAGGCUUCUAUGAGUUGGUCAUUGAAGACGUACAAAAGGACGACGCCGGUGUUUACUCCUGUAAGGCUGUUAAUAAGCACGGUGAAGCAUCCUGCGAGGCCACAGCCACAACCAUUGAUUUCAAGAAUCCAUUUGGUGCACUGAGUGGUCAAAUUUUACCACCUGGCGAGAAAGCUAUAUUCUCGUGGAAACGCAAUGGAGAGGACUUCGAUCCUGAAGAACGUUUCAAGGUUCUGUUCGGCGACGAUGAGGACUCCUUGGCUCUGGUGUUCCAACAUGUGAAGCCCGAAGAUGCUGGCAUCUAUACUUGUGUGGCGCAAACCACAACCGGAAACAUCUCGUGCAGCGCUGAACUCUCUGUUCAAGGUGCCAUUCAAACCCUCAACCGUGAGCCAGAGAAACCCAGUCUGGUAAUCGAGCAUCGCGAGGCGAACGCCAGUAUUGGCGGUUCAGCUAUAUUGGAGCUGCAAUGCAAGGGCUUCCCCAAGCCUGCCGUGCUGUGGAAGCAUGAGGGAGAAGUUGUUCAGGUCGAUGACCGCCACAAGUUCAUGUAUGAGGACGACGAAAGCAUGUCGCUCAUUAUUAAGAAUAUCGGUACUGAAGACGCUGGCGCAUACACCAUUGAAGCCGUCAACGAGCUCGGACAGGAUCAGAGCUCGAUUAGCUUGGUUGUGCAAGCUCCGCCUAAGAUCAAGAAGGUGUCCGACAUCACAUGCUCGGCUGGCGAGACUGUCAAGGUGGAGGUGGAAAUUGAGGGUUUCCCUACGCCUGAAGUUAGUGUGACCAACAACGGCAAGGAAGUGUCUGGUGAAAAGAAUGUAAAGAUCACAUCGUCCACCAUUGCCAAGAGUGUGGAGAAAGUUGUUAUCGAAAUCUCGGACAUUAAACUGUCGCAAUCUGGCAAUUAUUCGAUUAAGGCUACAAAUACAAUCAGCCAAACGGCCGAGUAUUGGAAUUGCACAGUCAAAUCGAAGCCAGUUAUUGUCAAACACUUUGAGAGUGAAUACAUUCAUGGCGAGAAGGAGAACGUACAGAUGUCCGUUCGCGUUGAUGCAUUCCCCGAGGCCAAGCUCACAUGGUAUCACGAUAGCAAGGAGAUUAAGGUGACCGACAAGAAGUACAAGAUCGAUUGCGAUGGCAACACUUAUACCCUGAAGAUAACUGGAGCCACUCGUGUUGAUGCUGGCGAAUAUUCCGUGAAGGCGACCAAUGAGCAUGGCUCGGCAACCAGCUCAACUCAGCUGCUGAUGAAGUGUGCUCCGGAAUUCACACGCAAACUCCAGAAUAUUACAGUAAAAGAGGGCGACACAAAUGUCGAACUUGUUGUGGGCAUCGAUGCCUAUCCUGUGCCACACAUUAAGUGGUUUAUUGAUGGCAUUGAGAUCAGCGAGAAGCGUAAUGAGUUCCGUCAAGUGCAAGAUGGUAAUGACUUCAAAUUAAUUCUUACGGACGUGGCGACCAACAUGCAGGGCAACUACUGCUGCAAGAUCAUGAAUGAUUAUGGCAAACUUGAGGACACUUGCACCGUGACCGUCAACUGCAAGCCAAAAAUACGCAGAGGCUUGAAGGAUGUUGAGGUCAAGGAGGGCGAAUCUUUAACUUUGGAAGUCGAAAUUUACAGCACUCCCGAUGCUAAUGUCAAAUGGUUCAAAAAUGGUCAUGAAAUUCAUGAAGAUGCUCGCAUCAAAAUCAAGAGAGAUUCGCAACGUAUUGAAAAUUAUUACUUGACAUUGAAUCUGUCUAAGAGCGAAGAUGCUGGCACUUAUGAAGUUAAGGCUGCCAAUUUUAUUGGAGAGACAACAUCAAGCUGCAAAGUUUUGGUGCUAACCAAUGACAAUAUAUCCAUUGGAGAGUCCGUGACAAAAACAUUGCUCGCCACUACAGAACAACCUGAAGAAGGGGCUGUUCCCGAAAUUGUCCACUGCGAUGUCUUCCAAAUGAGUAGCUUUGAGACUCUUCCACUCAAAUACGAAGUGAUUGCAACUGGUAUACCCAAGCCAGAGGCUUUAUGGUAUCAGGAUGGCAAGCAAAUCAAAUCCAAUGAUCAUUUUGCGUUAUCCGUUGACGGGGACCACUACAAAUUAGAGGUAAAGUCACUCGAGAUGAAGGAUGCUGGCGAAUACAAAGUUGUCGUGCAGAACAAAGUAGGCGAAAAGAGUCAUCAGGGAGUGCUGUCCUUGUCAAAGGAAGCUGAGUAUCGCAAGCCUCUGCUGAUCUCUAAGAGCGGCUUAAAGGAUCUCAAGUUAAAGAAGGGUGAUGCUAUCAAUGAAACUGUCAUAUUUACGGCUGAUCCCAAGCCCGAAAUCGUUUGGCUUAAGGACGGCAAACCACUGCAAGCUAGCGAGGCGCUGCUGCUCAAGACUGAAGUUAAGGAAUUAGAACAUGGAUUAAAGCAGUUUACUUGCGAGCUGAGUAUUCCUAAAGCGGAAAUUAAGGACUCUGGGCGUUACGAACUUAAGGUCAAGAAUAAGCAUGGCGAAUUCGCUACAAAUGGUGCCAUCGAUGUACUAGCAAAGCCAGAAAUCUCCGGUCUGGUGGAUCUCAAGUGCUUGCCAGGUGAUACUGUCUGUUUCGAAGCCUUGGUUCCUGCCAAUCCCAAGCCAAAGGUCACAUGGACACGAGGCAACGAAAACUUGUGCAACAACGAGAACUGCGAGGUGAUCGCUGAUGUGGAUGGCGAUAAAUACAGGAUUGUUUUCCAAUCCGUUGUACCAUCCGAAGAUGGCAAAUAUACGAUCACUGCUGUCAACUCUGAAGGCAGGGCUGAUAGCGAAUUCAAUUUGCAUGUUCUUGCUAAAGAAAGUAUUUCCCUUGGAGAAACCGAACCAAAAACAUUGCGCGCAACUACAACAGGAGGGGUUGAGAAACCCACAUUCAUCGUGGCACCGGAGAAUCAAGUGAUCCACGACUUUAAGCCGGUUUCGACCAACGUCAAGGUGCAUGGCGUUCCUACGCCAACAGUGGAAUGGCUAAAGGACGACAAGCCAAUUGAUUUGAAGGCCAUUAAUAGUCUGACCCAGCAGAAGGCUUACAGCACUGCCUCGACCGAUAUUGCAUCGGAUCAAGUAGAGAGUGUCUUUGACAUUGCCCACUUUAAUGCUACCGACGUUGGAACAUACACUUGUGUCGCCAAAAACGAAAUCGGCGAAACCAAAGUGCCCUUUAAAUUGGCUAUGCAGUCGCUGGCUCCCAGUUUUGUCAAGAAGCUCAACAAUGCGCUUGACGUUGUCCAAGGAGAGCCACUUGUUCUCGAAUGCGCCGUAGAUGGCAGCCCACUGCCAACAGUUCAUUGGUUUAAGGACAGCGAGGAGGUUAAACCCAGUCAAAGCGUAAAACUGACCACUUCUCCUGAAGGAUUAGUUAAAUUGGAGAUAAGCAAUUGUCAGCCAAAUGACUCUGGCGCCUAUAAGCUUAUCAUUUCAAACCCUCACGGCGAAAAGGUUGCUUUGUGUGCGGUUGCUGUGAAACCUAAUGAAAUGCAGCCCAAGUUCUUGAAGCCCAUCGAAAGUCAAUCUGUAAUCGCUGGAGAGCCCUUAAAAUUGUCCGCACAAGUUAUAGGUUUCCCCGCUCCCGAAAUCAAGUGGUACAAGGAUGGCGUACUCUUACGUCCCAGCUCAGCUAUUAACUUUAUUAAUAAUCCAAAUGGACAAAUUGGAUUGAGCAUUGAUACGGUCGAUGGUAAUGACGCUGGUUUAUACAAAUGUAAGAUUGUCAAUAAGGAGGGCGAAGAAGAGGGCGCCGCAGAGGUGAAAGUUGUCGCCAGGGAGGCAAAGCCUUCGUUCAUCGCAGAACUCCAGGAUGCCAGUAGUGUUGAAGGAUUCCCUGUUAAGAUGGACAUUAAGGUUGUGGGCUAUCCCAAGCCAAAACUGCAAUGGUUCCACAAUGGUCAUGAAAUCUCGCCUGAUAACAAACACUUUGCAGUCGUGGAAAAUCCCGAUAAUACCGUUAGCUUGAUUGUGGACAAAACUGCACCUUCUGAUUCUGGAUUAUAUGAAGUAAUUGCACAAAAUUCAGAGGGUUCAACUGCCUCGAAAGCAAAGCUUUACGUUGCACCCAAGACGGAUGAAACUGCAGCUGAGGAAUUGCCACAGUUUGUAUCUGGUCUGCGCGAUGUUAAUGCCGAUGAGGGCCAAGAGUUGGUGCUAUCGGCACCAUUUAUUGCUAAUCCCAUGCCUGAGAUCGUGUGGUCCAAGGAUGGCGCUUUGCUUGCGCCAAGCGAGCGUCUCUUAAUGACUUGUGAUGGCAAGCACGUCGGUCUCACCAUAAAACCAGUUGAAGCAGCCGAUUCGGGCGUCUACUCCUGUCUACUGGCCAAUCCACUAGGAGAGGACACGUCAUCCUGCAAUGCAAAUGUUCGUAAGGUGUACAAGGCACCAAUUUUCACCCAGAAGAUCACCGAUCAACAGCAAGUUUUCGGCAACAAUGCCAAAAUCCCUGUAACCGUUUCUGGUGUGCCAUAUCCAGAACUGACCUGGUUCUUUGAAAAUAAACCCAUCAAUGUGUCGGACAAAUACACGUUCAAGAAUGACGGCGAUCAUCAUGAGUUGAUUGUAAAUGAUUGCCAAAAGUCCGAUCAAGGCGAAUACAAAUGCAUUGCCUCAAACAGGGAAGGUAAGGACAUAACUCAAGGUCGUCUCGAGUUGGUCAAUGAAAUCAAAAAGCAUAUGCGUUCUGAGCCACCCGUAUUCCUUAAGAAGAUUGGCGAUUGCGAUGUCUUUGACGGUAUGACAGCAAAGUUUACUGCCUGCGCCACUGGAUAUCCCGAACCAGAUGUUGAGUGGUUCAAGAAUGAUCAAAAACUGUUCCCAUCUGAUCGCAUUGCGCUUGACCAGGAACCAAAUGGUCUGCUUCGCUUAACAAUGAAGAAUGUGACGGAAGCCGAUGUAGGACGCUACACUUGUCGUAUCUUCAAUCCAUAUGGCGACGAUACUUGCACAGCUGAACUAUUCUACGAUGUGCUGGACUCCCAUCAACGUCCCUUGGGCGAUCAGUACUCGGACUUUAAGCAAUAUAAAAAGUCCGGAGCUCCUCCGCCGUUGCCAGAUGGUCCUAUUAUCUCCCGCAUGACCGAUCGUCGUCUGAAUUUGACCUGGAAACCAUCGGUCCCAUUAUCGCCACGCUAUCCAGUUACUUAUCAGAUCGAAAUGAUGGACUUGCCCGAGGGAGAUUGGCGCACUAUCAGAACUGGUGUGCGCAGUUGUGCUUGUGAGAUUAGGAACUUGGAUCCACUCAGGGAUUACAGAUUCAGAGUGCGUGUUGAGAACAAAUUUGGUGUCAGCGAUCCCAGCCCCUACACACAAACCUACAGAUCAAAACUCAUUCCUGAGCCAGCCAAAACAUACACCUACUUGCCACCUGGUACGGACUUUAGACCUGAGACUUCACCCUAUUUCCCCAAGGACUUUGAUAUUGAACGCCCGCCCCACGACGGUCUUGCUCAAGCGCCACAGUUUUUGCUGCGUGAAAAUGAUGUUUCCUACGGCGUCAAGGGUCACAACACUGAGCUAAUGUGGUUCGUCUAUGGUUAUCCCAAACCUAAGAUGACUUUCUACUUUAACGAUCAUCCCAUUGAAUCCGGUGGUCGCUUUGAUCACAGCUACACCCGCAAUGGACAGGCGACGCUCUUCGUCAACAGCAUGUUGGAUCGCGAUGUGGGUUGGUAUGAGGCUGUUGCAACAAACGAACACGGCGAGGCCAGACAACGUGUCCGCCUUGAAAUCGCCGAGUACCCACGAUUCCUGAAGAGGCCUGACGAAACUUUCAUCAUGGCGCGCAAAAAUGGCCGCAUUGAAGCCAGAAUUAUUGGCAUUCCUCUGCCUGAAGUUCACUGGUACAAGGAUUGGAAGCUGAUAACCGACACCUCUCGCAUUAAGAUUAACUCUUACGAUCCAGACAUCUAUGUGCUCUCUAUUCAUGAUUCGAUCAUUAAGGACGGUGGCUUGUACUCUGUGAGUGCACGCAAUAUUGCUGGCUCCAUUAGCACCUCCGUGACCGUUCACAUUGAGGAGAAUGAAGAUCAAUACAUAUAUAAGACCUACGGCAGACAUCCGUACGUGCGUUCGAAGCAACUGCGCUAUGAGGACAAGUACGAUAUCGGUGAUGAGCUUGGCCGUGGCACGCAGGGCAUUACCUAUCAUGCCGUGGAGCGCGCCACUGGCGAUAAUUAUGCUGCCAAGAUUAUGUAUGGCAAGCCAGAGCUGCGUCCAUUUAUGCUCAACGAAUUGGAUAUUAUGAAUAUGUUCAAUCACAAGAACUUGAUCCGUCCAUACGAUGCUUAUGAAACAGAUCGCCAAAUCACACUCAUCAUGGAACUGGCCGCUGGCGGUGAAGUUGUCAGGGAUAACUUGCUGCGACGAGAUUAUUACACUGAGCGCGAUAUUGCCAAUUAUAUACGCCAAACUCUUUGGGGAUUGGAGCAUAUGCAUGAGUUGGGCGUCGGACACAUGGGCUUAACGAUCAAGGACCUUUUGAUCUCGGUUGUUGGUGGCGAUCACAUUAAAAUAUCCGACUUUGGCUUAUCAAGGAAGAUUAACAAGCAUAACUUGUCCACCUUGGACUAUGGCAUGCCUGAGUUUGUCUCUCCCGAAGUGGUCAAUAAGGAGGGUGUCAACUUUUCACAUGACAUGUGGUCAGUUGGCUUGAUCACAUAUGUGUUGCUUGGCGGCCGAAAUCCUUUCUUGGGCGCCGAUGACAGAGAAACCCUGACCAAGAUUCGCGAGGGCCGUUGGGACUUUAAGGACACCAUUUGGACACAUAUUUCGGAGGAUGGACGUGAUUUCAUCAGCCGCUUGCUGCUCUACAGCCCCGAGGAGCGCAUGGAUGUUAAAACAGCAUUAAAGCAUCCUUGGUUCUUCAUGCUCGAUCGCCAGGCAACCGAGCAUGAUUAUCAAAUUGGCGUUGAUCGCUUGAGACACUAUUACGAUCACUUUAGAGAUUGGUACGCCAAUGCUGCUUGCAAGAACUACUUCCGCAGGCGCCGACUUAGCGGCUGCUUCCAGCAUCCAUCGAAAAUGGUCUACCCAAGUGGACAUUCUUACACGCCAGAGCGUACGCCGGAGCCGCUGGUGGAACCACGCAAGCGUGCCAAGCGAGAGGAAGUUGUCUCCAAGUUCCUGCAUCCCGACUACGAGCUGGGUCUCAUUCAAUCCGAAAGCCACUAUCAGUAUGGCCCCGAUACUUAUUUGCUGCAGCUUAGAGAUGUUAGUUUUCCGGUCAGAUUGCGUGAGUACAUGAAGGUGGCCCACAGACGAUCACCUUCGUUUGCAUUGAACGAUUCGGUGGACUGGUCGCUGCCGGUUAUUCGCGAACGCCGUCGUUUUACUGACAUCAUGGACGAGGAGAUUGAUGAUGAACGCACUCGCAGUCGCAUUAGUAUGUAUUCUGCCAACGAUUCGUACUCAAUUCGACGUCUGCGUACAGAGCUGGGACCACGUCUCGAUGAAUAUACUGAAGCGGACGCAAUGAUUGAAAGCCAACGCGAUGGCUACCCGCCAUUCUUCCGCGAGAAGCCACAAACCAUAGCUAUCACUGAGAAUCAGCCGGCGCACAUUCACUGCUUUGCCGUCGGCGAUCCCAAGCCAUGCGUGCAAUGGUUCAAGAAUGACAUGGUGCUGUCGGAGAGCAAGCGCAUCAAAAUCACGUUCGAUGAGGACGGUCGUUCCAUUUUGCGUUUCGAACCCGCGUUGCAUUUCGACGUUGGAAUUUAUAAGGCCGUGGCUCGCAACAAGGUAGGCCAGACCAUAGCCAGAUGCCGCAUUGUUGUCGCCACACUGCCCGAUGCUCCAGACUCACCGGAAGUAUCGGCGACCAGUGCCACAGAGAUACUGCUGCGUUGGAAGCAGCCACGUGAUGAUGGCCAUUCAGCUGUCUUGUGCUACAGUCUGCAAUACAAAUUGCAGAACUGCGAUUCGUGGACAACCGUUGCGGACAACAUAGAUCAUGAAUUUUAUCUGUUGCACGAACUGCAGCCGAACACGAAAUAUCAAAUUCGACUCUCGUCGAAGAAUCGCAUCGGCUGGAGCGAAAUGGGCAUUCCUGUAAAUGCAGCGACUUCUGGCCCUGAUGCUCCCAAAGUGCACAUCACCAAGGCCAUGAAGCACUUGCAGCAACUCACAGAGAGAGGCCAGGAAGUGUUGCCCGAGGAGGAACGUGUGCACACCGAUUAUCAUUGCGAGAGAGAGCCACCCACUUGGGUCACAGAUGCGUCUGUCAAUGACAAAUAUAGCUUCAUCUCAGAGAUUGCACGCGGUGAAUUUAGCACCAUUGUUAAGGGCAUUCAGAAAUCAACAGAUACUGUUGUUGUCGCUAAGAUCUUUGAAGUUACCGAUGACAAUGAAGAGUCUAUUGUCGCCGAGUUCGAUAAUUUCAAGACACUGCGACAUGAGCGUAUCCCAGCCUUAUUUGGUGCCUACAAGCCCAUGAAUGUGCCCAUUGCCAUCUUUGUGAUGGAGAAAUUGCAGGGCGCCGAUGUGCUCACUUAUUUCAGCAGCCGUCACGAGUACUCUGAGCAAAUGGUUGCUUGUGUCAUCACUCAACUGUUGGACGCAUUGCAAUAUCUGCACUGGCGUGGCUAUUGUCAUCUAAACAUACAGCCCGAUAAUGUGGUCAUGGCAUCAGUGCGAUCAAUUCAGGUCAAGCUGGUUGAUUUUGGCUCAGCCAAGAAGGUUAAUAAACUGGGCGUCAAGGUGACACCAUGUGGCAUGUUGGACUUCCAGCCACCAGAGAUGUUGAACGAUGAGCCAAUCUUCCCGCAAAGUGACAUAUGGUCAUUGGGCGUACUCACUUACUUGCUUUUAUCGGGCUGCAGUCCAUUCCGCGGCAAUGACGAAUAUGAAACUCAACAGAACAUCUCCUUUGUGCGCUACAGAUUCGAAAAUCUAUUCAAGGAGGUCACCCCAGAAGCAACUCGAUUCAUUAUGCAAUUAUUUAAGCGUCAUCCUACUAAGAGACCCUACACAGACGAUUGCCUGGAGCAUAGAUGGCUCAUGUCUUCCGAUUAUAUGGUUAGGAAGCGUGAGCGUGCCGUUUUCCUGGGUUGCCGUUUGAAGAAUUUCUAUGACGAGUAUCAUGAGUAUAAAAUUAAAGCCGCUACUACAUCCAAACCCUUAAUUUCGAUUGAGGGUGGACCGACCCCAUCUCAACUUCUUCGCUCUAAUAGCAUCCAAGAGGAACUGCUUACAACGUUUUAGAUAAAUUACUACUCGACAAUUGUUAAUAUGCCUUUCUUUCUGUAUUUUGGUUAAUCAAUUAGAAAAACAAUAAUAAAUGAGAUACCUUUUUAUUUUCAAA